AUUUUGGAUGUUUAAAAAAUAAACGUUCAAAUCUAUUGAUCUUCUUUCAAAAAUAUUCUAUUUUUUAUCAUUCCCACAAACCAAAAGGGAAAAAAUAAAAGGAUUAUCGUUGUUUUAUUGCCCCUCUCCCAUCAUAAUUCACCCUUGUUAUUACAAUGAAUGCAUAAUGUUAGCGCAAAAUAUUUACCUUUUUUAAAAAAGCGGACAAGCUUUCUUUUUUAUUAUUAUUAUUCUUUUACUAGUUGUAAGGAUACGCACACCCAUAUAGACGAUCCCCUAGGUGUCUGCUGGGGUGUGGGCUUAACAUUGGUGCUUUGGACCCGCGCUGUGGUUUAGUUCGCCAUGGAGGAUGAAUCGAUCGAGUCGAUUGUCGAGCAAUUGACCUACACCAAAGGCGUCGUUGGGGUGUUUGUCUGCACGGCGGAUGGCGUGCCGAUUCGGGAUAGCUUUCAAAACCUCGACCGCUCGGUCGCGAUGGCCUACGUGGAGAUGGCGUCGGAGUGCUGUCGGCGGGCCUCGGCGUUGUUUUCAACCCCGAUCGUGCGCUCGCCGGCGUCUUUAAAGGCCCCUGCCAAGGACGCCGGCGAGGGGGAAAGCCCGAAAAAGACGGAUCCCGCCAAAGAGAAGCCGCCAACGGGCGGACCCAUUAUGGAGAGCUCGCUGGAGCUGCUCCGCAUCCGGACGCGGCUGAAUGAGGUGAUCGUUCAGUGCCAUAAGGAGUUUUUGCUGGUCAUCGUGCAGGAAUCGGAUUAAUCCGAAGCUUCAAUCGGAUGUUCUUUCCAUGGGAUUAUGCGGGCAUCCCUUUCGCACUUUCCCUUUUCCGUUAUUUCCUAUUUCGUUGGUUUCCAAUUUAUGGGUGUGGGCACCUGACCCUCUUCCUUGAAUUCCUUAUGUAAAUUUUUAGGCCAAGGAUAAGUCGUAGUGUGCGUUAGGUAUUUCAUUGGAAUUGUCAUUAGAGUGCAUCCUCCCUGU